UAAAGCUGCAAUGAAGCAAAUGUGCAAGUGUACAACAAAACCUAUUAAUUAUGCCUUCAAGACGAUGGCACCCAAUGGCUGUGCUGCCCAAAAUAUUCCCGUCAUGGAUCCGAUCACCAACGAAUUCUCCACUUUCAACUACACCAGAGGAGAGACAAGUAUUGUGGGCAACGUGAGCAACAUUCGCAUCUCCGGUCUAAGCAACUUCAUUAUCCUGAAUGGUGAAAUGGAUCCGAACACGUUCCAAGUCAACUUCGACUUCUUGUUCCCGGAGCUGCAAAUUCUGGGAUCCACCAUAAUGGAAGGUGUUUUCAACAUGUUUGGUUUCUCGUUCCCCAUGAACCAAAACAUGCUGCUUAACGAACGACUGGAGCAAUUACGCAUCGUCGGCGAAUACACCUUUGCCCAGAGCCUCAUUAACUCCAAUGGACUGCGCCUCAAGGAUGUUAAGCUCAACUUUUAUGUUGGCGAAGUGAAGAUCGAAAACUGGGACUCACUGUGGAAUAUUUCGGCCAACAACUUUUACGAUGGCUUGUCCAGCCAAAUGUUAGCGUUUUUGGCUAAGGAGAUACAGCCCAGCAUGGAUCAAAUUGUGGCCGAGUAUGUAGUUCCUCCGAUGAACAAUAUGCUCUCCAAUUUCAGCAUGACUCAGAUUACCUCGUUCUUUGUUAAUACCGCCAAGUCAUGGACCAGUGAAAACUGUAAUGCUUCAGCCUAA